CUCCCCUGUUUUCCUUCUUCCCUGCUCCACAGCUAAAUCAAUCGGGCCAGCAACAAUGGCAGAAGCCUUCCUGAUAACCAAAGACCACAAUGGCUUCCCUCGCGUUAUCUCCAUUCUCUCCUCUCUCCUCGAGCGCGUUGCCAACUGGAACGAUGAUCUGACUGCCACCGGCCUUCAUCAUUACUCUCCAGCAAGCGCGAUUUCCGCCUUCUUCGGCCUUGAGAAACCAGAAAUCUCCAUCGCUUGCUAUCUGGAACGCAUAUUUCGUUUUGCUCAUUGCAGUACCUCCUGCUUUGUGGUUGCAUACAUCUACCUUGAUCGUUUCCUCCUUCUUCAUCCCUCAAUUUCUGUCGACUCUUUUAAUGUUCAUCGCUUCCUUAUCACUGCGGUUCUUACUGCUGUUAAGUUCAUAGAUGACAGAUGCUACAACAAUGCAUAUUUUGCUAAGGUGGGAGGGAUCAGUCUGGCUGAGAUGAACCACUUGGAGAUCGAUUUCUUAUUCGGUUUGCGAUUCGAUCUCAAUGUGACACCGAUCGUGUUCGGCUCUUACUGCUCAAUCCUUGAGAGAGAGAUGAAAAUGGCUAACCCUCACACUCCUUCCAGUGUGCAUUGCUUUGUUACAGAAGAUGAAACCAGUAGCAGCUGCAAGCAGAAGCAACUCAUUGUGUGAGAGCUGGGUCUUUUUUGUUCAUAGAUGAAUGCAGAUAGAAGACUUGUUUAGGUAUGAGAACAGUUGGGCAGGUGAA